AGUACGAGAGCGGCUGUUCGGGUGAAGCAAAAAGCAUUACCUGCCAAAUCACUUUCGCACUCCGUUGAUUGUAGAUGCAACAGUUUAAAUUUGUCGCAGUCCCGAUCGUCCGGCUCAGUCUUCGUUCAACCGUUAAUCCGGUGGGAUGUGGUUUUACUACGGCGUUAUACUCUAUUGAUCAGCACUUUCGUGCAGUAUACUAUCAAUCUAAGUGCUUUUAUAACGUUGUGUUACGCUGGACGAUUUCAUUCGCAUUCAAAUUAGCAAAUAAUAGAGCAAUUUAGUGUAAUCGUCAGAGACGAUAUCAGUUUUGGUGUACCAAGUUCUGAUACAGAGUAAGAUAUACGUUGACUACUUCGGUCACGAGGACCUUGCCAUAUAGUACAAAGUAUUAUUUGAAACCUUCUGCAAUAGAAGGAUCGCAGGAUAUUUCAGCAUCAGAACGACCGAAUAAACGAUCCAGUAAAGGCCAGUAGCCUUGAUUCACCCACCAGAAAAGGUGGUGGAUUUCAGGGGCAAAUCGUUUAUUUAUUUCAGUAAACAUGAUUAUAAAUAUCAACAAACGUAAGUUGCUACUAGUUUCAGGUUUGGCAGCAAUCGUAGUUAUAGCAGUAGUACUGGGCUUGUACUUUGGCUUAAAAGAUACUAGAGAGGAAACAGCGCGGACGCUUACCGGUGGAGCAGUGACCUCCAAUGGAGCAGAAUGUGCAAAAAUUGGAGCAGAUAUUUUACGACAGAAUGGAUCUGUUGCAGAUGCUGCGAUUGCGGUAUUGUUUUGUGAGGGUGUCACUUGUCCACAGAGUGCAGGGAUAGGAGGCGGAUUCUUUUUAACUAUUUACAAUCGCAGCACGCAAACAGCUCAUACUUUAGAUUCUCGAGAAAUCGCUCCAGCUGCAGCCUCAGAGCAAAUGUACGCUAACAAGUCAAAUACUGCCGCCAGAGAAGGAGGUUUAGCUGUCGCCGUCCCUGGAGAAGUUAAAGGUUAUUGGGAAGUACAUCAGAAAUACGGGAAACUUGACUGGAAAUCUUUGAUUCAACCUACUAUUGAUCUCUGUCGCAGUGGACAUCUUGUCACCGGCUAUUUAGAUCGUAUUAUUAAAGUUCGGGAGCAAAAAAUUUUGAGUAUUCCUUCACUACGUGAAGUAUUUAUUAAUCCAGAAACAAAUCAAACUUGGCGUGAAGGUGAUCGCAUCAAACGGCUGGCACUUGCUAAUAGUCUCGAGAUAAUUGCACAAGAAGGGGCCGAUGCAUUGUACAGCCGUAAUGGUACACUGCUGCCAAAACUAAUGCACGAUCUCAGAGGAUUUGGAAGUAUUAUAACUGAAGAAGACUUUUAUAAUUAUGAACCCCGUUGGCUAGAACCAGCAUAUACGAAACUAAAGAACGAAAAUCAUGUCUAUUCAAUGCCUUUACCAGGUAGUGGACACGUUCUAAACUAUAUGCUCAAUAUAAUUGAUGGUUAUGAUGAUCUCAAUAUAAACGAUCCUCUUACGUGGCAUCGGAUAGUUGAAAGUUUUAAGCAUGGAUAUGGCCUGCGGACCCAGUUGGGUGAUCCACCCUUCGUACCGGGGAUUGAAAAUUCUCUAAACAAGUUAACGAACAAAAACUAUGCAGCUUUUGUACGGGAUGGAAUUUUAGACGAUACAACUUUCUCAGAUUUCGAACACUAUGGUGCAGUGUUUUCAAAUGAGGAAGAUCAUGGAACGGCACAUAUUUCUGUAUUGGGCUUGAACGGAGAUGCCGUGUCUGCUACUACAACGAUCAACUAUGUAAAACCACGACGAAAGAAACUAAUCGUUUCCAUCGGUGUUCUGAUUUUCCUUGCCAUUGUUCUUUCUGUCGGGUUAUACUAUGGUCUUAGACAAAAAUCACAGCAUUUCGGUGCCGUUGUGGCAAACGGUCAAGAAUGUGCUUCUAUUGGUGCUGAAAUAUUACGAAAUAGUGGUUCUGCAGCAGAUGCCGCCAUUGCUACACUUUUCUGUGAAGGUGUUACCUGUCCCCAGAGUAUGGGCAUUGGGGGUGGUUUCUUACUAACAGUGUACGAUCACGCUAAUGAUCGGGUAGAAACUCUGAAUGCAAGAGAAACUGCCCCCGCAGCUGCCACAAUGAAUAUGUUUUCGAAUACGAGUUCCUCAAGAGAUAAGAGAGGUCUGGUGAUAGCUGUACCUGGAGAGUUAAAAGGUUAUUGGGAACUACAUCAGCGGUAUGGUAAAUUGGCUUGGAGCACCUUAAUCCAACCAACUAUUACCUUGUGUCGCAAGGGCCAUAUAGUUACAGGAUAUCUUGACAGAAUAUUGAAAAGGACCCAAGACAAGAUCCUUGCGGAGCCAUCGCUUAGAGAAAUAUUCAUUGAUCCUGCCAGCAAUAUGACUUGGAAAGAAGGCGAUUAUAUUAAACGACUAGCUCUUGCCGACAGUUUGGAAAUUAUAGCUCGCGAAGGAGUUCAUGCAUUAUAUAGCAAGAACGGAACAUUACUACCUAAAUUAAUGAAAGACCUCAACAGUUUUGAUAGCAUUUUGACCGAAGAAGAUUUUUACAACUACGAGCCUACAUGGGAACCACCAUCUAGUUUGUCAAUUCGUGGUGGAAACCAGAUACAUUCAUUUCCCUUACCCGGUAGUGGAACUCUAGUGAAUUUCAUGCUACGAAUCUUAGAUGGUUACAACGAUCUGGAUCUUAAAUCGCCACUUACUUGGCAUCGAGUCGUAGAGAGUUUCAAAUACGGCUACGGUCUUCGAACUCGUGUUGGUGAUCCAAGAUACGUGAAUUUAGUCGGUGAUUUGUUGCACAAUCUGACGAGUAAUAGUUAUGCGGCAAACGUCCGCAGCCAAAUCGACGAUAAACAAACUUUUACAGCUUAUCAUCACUACGGGGCCGAUUUUUCGAACAUAGAGGAUCAAGGAACUGCUCAUGUAUCGGUAUUAGCUGCUAAUGGAGACGCAGUAUCUGCAACGAGUACCAUCAAUUACUUAUUAGGAGCAAAAAUUCGAUCACGAUCCACAGGAAUUAUUCUUAAUGAUGAAAUGGACGAUUUUGCAUCUCCUGGUGAAGCCAACAUUUACGGUCUCCCACCAUCUCCAGCUAACUUCAUCGUACCUGGAAAACGUCCACUUUCAUCAAUGGCCCCUACUAUCGUCACAAACAAACAGAGCGGAGUUCGGAUGGUCAUUGGCGGUGCUGGUGGGUCACGCAUUACAAGUGCAACCGUAAUUCUUUUGUUUCGGCAUUUGUUUUUUGGUGAAGAACUUGAAAGUGCAAUGGCUGCGCAGCGUCUGCAUCACCAACUUGCUCCUAUGUACGUAGAUUAUGAGGUUGGAUUUGAUGAGAUGAUUCUGGAAGGGUUACGCCAACGGGGUCACGUUGUUAAAGAGAAAGGCUCGGAUGCUGGUUUCGCAGCUGCGACGGCUAUAACAAAAGACGCUGAUAACAUAGUUUCCGUUGCUUUCGAUCCACGGAGGGGAGGAAGUUCGGAAAUAGUUAUUUAGUCCUACUAAAAGUACACUAUUUUAUAUUAUAGACAAAAUAAGAUAUUACUUAAUGCUUAUAACAAUAAUCUUUUUUUUUAACAAGAUCGGAAAUUCAUUUUGAGAUAUUUGAUUUCGUGCAAUAGAUGCUCUGAAAUCAAAGGAUUGGGAGAUACUACAAAUAUGCAUGUAACACGCACGAAAAUAUAUAUCAUCCCUUGCAACGGGUUUGUCUUCUUCUCCGCUAAAAACACUGUAGUUGGUAUUUUGCCCCUCCCGAGUCGAGCCAUGUGGCGAAUGAGUGUACUAAAUUUUGUAUUUAAAUCCUGAUCCAGUUGAUCCCGUUGCCGUUCUCGCCGCCAAAUCGUAUCGCAACCCUUUUCUUUACCCGUUUCAAAACUUCCGAAAGCGGGGUUAUCGUCUGGCCGUUUAGCUUUGCCGCUUUGCCACUGAUUGAAGUCGCAUCAAGGAAUUCACCUUCAUUCUUGUUUACGGCCGUUUCGACCAUACGACGAAUGAAUAAUAUCGAACGAAUACGAAUAAACCAUUCUUGUUUUCACUCGAAUAAAUUCGAACGCGACUCGUUUGCCAAAAAAUUUUGAAGUAUCAGUUAAGUUCAGUUUCUUCAAAUAAAUGGUAGGCCAUGAUGAAAUCACUACAAUUAGGGUAACAGAGGUAUUUUGGCCACUUCAUAUAUUUUGGCCCACCUAACAAACUUUAUCGAUUUUAUCGGAUUUAAUUGAUGUGAAGUAACCCAUGUUACAUAAAUUUGAAGGUAAACACAUUAAAUUACCUAUUGCGGAAGGGUUUUUCAAAGAUAUUACAACAUUUGGUGGAUAUUUAUUCAAAGUGGGCCAAAAUAAAAUCAAUCCUAAAGUGGGCCAAAAUACCUCUGUUACCCUAUUGUGAUUAACCGUAUGCGAAACGCUAGAAUAUAUACCAGUUUAGUUCCGAACGAUACGUGUAUUCAAACAUCAUUCUUUCGAAUGAAAAUUCCCAUUCUCGUUUACAGACGAAUAGACGAAAUACUGUGGUUUGGAUUCGUCAGUUUAGUGUUGCGAAUCAACCGUUCGAAUACAUUGAAAACAGUUCAAUCCAUUUUCAACUACACUUUUUUAUGCGAGUUUACGAACCGCAUAAAAACCGCAUUACUCUGAAAAUUCGCAUAAAAAAAUCGUAGAAGGGAAACCGCAUAACUCUGAAACUUCGCAUAAAAAAACCGCAUAACUCUGAAAAUUCGUAUAAAAAUAGUCGCAUAAAAAGAACCGCAUAAAAAAGACCUGUGUACUUUAUUUUUAGUUCUAAAGGUGAUUUGCAAUCAAAUGAUACAUUUAAUUUUUCAGUUAAACAUUUAGAAAUCAUAGAAGUCACAGUAAAAUGUUUGUAUUUUUUCUGGCGAGCCUUCGAAUAUAUGCACGGUUCCAAGUUUUUACGCAUCAAAUUUUACCAUAUCUAUUAGGUACUUUAUGGACAAUAGAGAUGGUCGGGUAUCGGGUAUUUUACCCGAAACCCGACCCGUACCCGUACCCGACGGGUUUUUGGUCGGGUACGGGUAAAAAUUUUUAUUUUCAAUCGGGUACGGGUCGGGUACGGGUAAAAAAUUUUACUGCUCACUCGGGUACGGGUCGGGUACGGGUAAAUUUUUUUUUCUGAUCGAUUACCCGACCAUUUGUACUUCACAUAAAUAUGUUUACACGUUGACAAGAAUUUUUUAUUGCAAAACAGUUCUUCCGAAAAAUAAACAAUUUGAUUCAAGGGGUUUUGACAUUUCCAGAAAAAAAAAAUUUCUUUUCUUCAUUAAAAAAAGCGAUCAAUCAUAGUUACGUGAAAAGUUAUGUGAAUAUUUCCCGCCCUACUUUGUUUAUAACAUAUUUAAUAAGACACACUGCCUUAGCUCUAAGAUGUUGCGGUCGGAAUCUACUUUUCACAUAGGUUUUAAUGGACUACCAUUUUAAAGCUGUUUAAUGCACAAUCCAGUAAAAUUUUUUUGAUUUAAAUAUAAAAUGUAGUGUAGUACUCAUAUCACGUUCAGAUACAAGAAAACUGUUAUUUUAAAUAUUGGUUGGAGAUUUUCAAAAUUUUCAUAUAAAUCAUUAGGAUUUUUACCAUAAAAACAUGAACAUUUAUUUCAGAAAAUCUGCAUAGAAGUUCUUCUUAUUCUUCACUUCUGGGUGGUGUCACCUCACUUGAAAUGACUCCGAUUGAUGGCACAGCAAGUUGGGCUAUAUUGGCAGUUAAUUUUCGUUUCUUUUCACUGGACUACAAGUGAAAAACUCGAUACGUGACAACGUGGAGUCGCAAAAGUACGGGUGAAAAUACUCAAAUUUUCACCGUGUUUACUCGUUGAGGGUUCCACCGGAGGUGGCAAAGAAGUUCAAUUGCUGUAAAAACCACCAGCUACCGUUAACAUAGUGGGUGUGGGUUUGUGAGGCUUUCAAAACGGGCACAGUUGACAGAUAAAUUUAAAUCAAAAUCAUAAUUCAUUUUGCUUUGUAGUAAAAAAUUGUAACAAAAAAAAAAAAAUUCCUGCGAAUGUUCAAACUACUUACACUUGAAGGACUCACUGUUCACCAUUUUCAAAAUUGAUUUUUUCACACCGGGAAUACACGUACAUUGUUUGAUGUUUGGUCAAUACACGUAAGCGAACUGAUGAUACUCUAUUUAUUUUAGGGGAUGCUCGCAUAACAUUAAUUUUCGUCACGUAUAAUAAACGAAUUUCCAGACAUGACAGUCACGAUCUUUUUUUGGCGCACAUCUACGGUCCUCCGUGAAACUGGCACCAAUGGUGAUAAAUUGGUUGCACUGCUGAGUUCCCAUCAUCGCAUUCAUAAUGCAAAUGUCAAACCGUGAGAACCCUUUCGAUACGUUAGCUCAUUUGUAUAUAUUGAGAUUUCAUGGCACACUUUGGUCGAAAUGAUAACAAUGCAAUUAAUCUCGCGCUCCACCAAGCGGUGAGUGCAGUCAUUUCAGAAGGUACCGGGAACGGACCAGAUUUUUUUUAAUAUUUGUAAGCGCAUACAUGUCUUUAUUAUUUGUCUUUGGUAUAAUAUUCAAUUAGACAUUUGGAACCAUUUUACGUGAUUUUUCAAGUGAUUUGAAUGUGAAUUUUUAUUUGUGUGUCAAGAUAAUGAGCACGCUUACUUGUGGCUCUAAAGAAUCGAAUCAAAAGUCACAAUGUUUCGUAAAAACCAUACCUACCCAAAAUUGAAUACAACGGGUAUUACGACAUAUUGGGUAAAUAUGCUUCUCGAAAAAUUUGAGAAGAUAUUACUCCCUUUUGUUGACAUUUGUAAAUGAGUAUAAAGUACCAAAGACAUUGGAAAUCUACAGGGUCCGCCAUCUAACAUUUAUUUUUGAACUAGCGGUUAUUUCGACAUUGGUAACCUCAAUGUCACUUCUGAUUUGACAGAAACUUCCGCUGAACGAAAAUGGUUGUGUAUACGCUUGAGAAACGCGUGAAAAUAGUGCAGUUUUACUUUGAAAAUCAUGAUAAUGUUGCGGAAUGUGUGCAAAAAAAUCAUCUUCUCGGAUGAGGCGCAUUUUCAUCUCGGCGGGUCUGUUAAUAAGCAAAAUUGUCGCAUUUGGGGGACGGAAAACCCGCACGUUAUCGUGAAGAAGCCGAUGCAUCCUCAGAGAGUGACGGCCAGCCGAGGCAGCCAUUUGAAUGAAAUUAUAUUCCACAAUUAACCGGAAGGAUUGUACUUUAAUAUGAAAAAAAUAAAUUUUGAAAUCGAAUGAACCGUUUGUGUUUUAUUGCAUGUUUAAAAAAAGUUACAUGGCGGACCCUGUAUUCAUGCUUCACAGUGUAUUUAUAUUUUUAAAUGUAAACAAGCAUUUUAAUGUAUUUUACUUUCCAACUAGAGCCUGAUACGGCUCGAUAUCUAAAACACUUUAAUUUUUCCAUACUGAAUUUUGGUAAAAUUUUUACUACUCAUUCGGGUCGGGUACGGGUACAGGUAAUUUUUAAUCGGGUACGGGUCGGGUACGGGUAAAUUUUUUUAUUUUUUUUCGGGUACGGGUCGGGUACGGGUAAUUUUUUUAAUUUUUGAUCGGGUACGGGUCGGGUACGGGUAAAUUUUUUUGCUGAUCACUCGGGUACGGGUCGGGUUCGGGUAUAAGAAUUUCUAUACCCGACCAUCUCUAAUGGACAAUACACGAUGGGUAAACAUGCUUUGUUUUAUAUUAAAUGCAUGAUUUCACCAAUGUAGACCAUAUGUAGACAUUAUCAAAAACAUGACAAAAUUGCAAGAAAAACGCAACAUAUUUAUCGCAGAUACUACUGGUCGGACUGCUAUUUUCAAUGCUUUUUUUACUUUGCACGAAGUUUAAUUUGAAAAUUUCAUUUACCGACUUGAAUAAAAUUGGUCCUGAGUACGAUAUUUAUUUACUGUGUAGCGUUCGUCACUUCUUUGAUGCUUGGAACCUUCCUAAAAAAACUACCUGCCGGUGCCGAUCCUUCUUUUGCAAAGGAAUCGCUUUCGUACACAUUCGGGUAAUCGAAAAUGUUCAUAUGCAUGUUACCUUACCUAACAGCUAUAGGCCUGGGGUAUCUUUUGCUGUAUCAAGCAUACGUCUCCACAUAACUCGGUCCAUGGCUGCUCGUCGCCAGCCACUCAAGGCACGGAUGCUUCUGAGAUCACCCUCCACUUGAUCGAUCCACCUUGCUCGCUGCGCUGCUCUUCUUCUUGUACCAGUCGAAUUGGAUUCAAGAACAAUUUUCACUGGGAUGUCGUCCGACAUCCUUAUGACAUGCCCAGCCUAUCGUAGACGUCCGAUUUUAGCUGUCCGUACGAUAGGUGGUUCUCCUAGCAGCUGUUGCAAUUCGUGAUUCAUACGCCGUCUCCACGUUCCGUCUUUCAUCUGCACUCCGCCAUAGAUGGUCCUCAGCACCUUUCUUUCGAAAACACUGAGGGCGCGUUGGUCCUCUGCCAACAUAGUCUCGUGGCAAUAGAGAACAACCGGUCUAAUGAGCGUUUUGUAGAUGGUCAAUUUCGUGCGGUGGCGUACUUUUCUCGAUCGGAGAAUCGGAGUCCAAAUUACGCACGAUUCCCUGCUAAAAUACGUCUAUGAAUUUCUCUGCUGGUGUCAUUAUCGGCGGUCACCAGUGAGCCCAAAUACACGAACUAGUCAACCACCUCGAUAUCAUCACCGUCUAUCAAUAUUCGUGGUGGGAGGCAUAGUGUUUCUUCUCUAGAGCCUCUUCCUCUCAUGUAUUUUGUUUUCGACACAUUUAUGGCCAGUCCGAUACGCCUAGAUUCAGUUUUCAGUCCGAUGUAGGUUUCCGUCAUCUUCUCAAGGUUACGUGUCACAAUAUCAAUAUCGUCAGCGAAGCCAAAAAUUUGUACGGACUUUCGGAAGAUCGUGCCACUCGUGUGGAUCCUCGCUCUUCGAAUCACACCUUCCAGGGCAAUAUUGAACAAGAUACAAGAAAGUCCAUCACCUUGACGUAGCCCUCUCCGAGAUUCGAAGGGACUCGAGAGCGUCCCAGAUACUCGGACGUAGCACAUCACUCUAUCCAUCGUUGCUUUGACCAAUCGCGUCAAUUUAUCCGGGAAACCGUAUUCGUGCAUUAUCUGCCAUAGCUGUUCUCGAUCGAUUGUGUCGUAUGCCGCUUUGAAGUCAAUGAAUAGGUGAUGCGUGGGUACGUUGUAUUCACGACACUUCUGGAGUACUUGUCUUAUCGCGAAUAUGUGAUCCGUAGUGGCGCGGGCUCCAGUAAAUCCCGCUUGGUACGGCCCUACGAAUUCCUUAGAUAUUGGUGAUAAACGACGGCAAAGGAUUUGGGAGAGUACCUUGUAGGCGGCGUUCAGCAAUGUGAUUGCGCGGUAAUUGCAACAGUCGAGCUUAUCGCCCUUUUUGUAGACGGGACAUACCACUCCAUCCAUCCUUUUCUGCGGUAGAAUCUCCUCCUCCCAAAUCCUAGAAAUCAUCCAGUGCAGCGCUCUAGCCAGUGCCUCUCCUCCAUGUUUGAGCAGCUCGCCUGGCAACUGGUCAAUGCCCGCGGCUUUGUUGUUCCUCAGCAUGCCGAUCUCCUCACUUAUCUCCGACAGAUCAGGGGCUGGGAAUCUGUCGUCGACUGAGCGUGCACCCAGAUUGAUUCCUGUACCGUUCUCUGUAUCCUGUGUUCCGCCAUUCAGAUGCUCGUCAUAAUACUGUUUCCACCUAUCGAUAACCUCACGUUCGUUCGUGAGAAGGAUUGCAUGUACGAUGUUUGAAAGUGUCAUUGAUUCGAACGUAAACGGUAAUACGAAUUUGCCAUACUUUCGAACGUAUCGCAUACCGCCGUAAACAAGAAUGAGGGUGAUUGUGUGUGAAAAUCAAGUUUACCGCAUUCUCAUGCUUUCUUUGUGUAGUAUAUUUUUUACCUAAUCCCUGUUGUAAUCUUCCUUUGAGCAAUGCAUACUCGGAAUCGAUGCAAAAAAAUUACCCCUUGUCAUACGGUUCUUAUCGAUUAAAUUUGGGCAUAAACUUUCCCGGCAUAAGAUAGCAAAAGACUGUCAAGAUAUGGUCUGCAUAAUCAUUAAGUGCCGAUUAAUCAGGUAUGAUAGAAAUUAUUCAAACUAACUGCUUGAAAAAUGUACAACGUAGAUUAAAAUCAAAACCGCGGUCAUUCUGAAUAGAUGUGAAUGGAGAGAGGAAAACAAUUAGGACACAUUCAUCGAUCAAAUUCGCGAGUGUACUGGUUCGUACACGUAAGAAAUCUGCGAGCUGUUUCGAAAAAUUUUCUAGUGUUUUUUUUUAAACCGAAGUAUGACCCUUCAACAAAUAGCACUUACAGCUAUUAUUCAUUAUUCCCAAACCUAACAAUAUCGACGAAGAUUGACAGUGGUUUCAAUCACUACAAGACUAACUGUGAUCCGAGAAUAGAUUUUUCCAAAACUUUACCCGGGCUCCAGUAUUUGACCAUGUUUUAAAAACAUUAGAGAUGACAUUUUUUUGCACCCUAAUCUGCAUAACUCAGAUGUUGAACCGUGUCAAAUAAAUUAAUGAUUAAAACAAGCUCCUAUCGUUACAUUUAAACACGGAACGUAUUUACGAAAUGUAUCACACAAAAUAAUCGGAUUUAUCUGUUAAAUAUGUCAGAGGACAUGUCAUCAAAAAUAUGAAAAAUUGAAUGUUGAAUCAGUAACCUAUAUUUAUUAGUGUUAUUUAUG